CCCUCCAAAUGAUGGAGCCAAAAUAGUUCACACUUCAAUGUUGAAAGACGGAAAUCUGCAAUGGCGUCCACCUCUGCUCCUCGCAACAGCGCCGCGUAUGGAAGAAUUGCAUCCGCAGCCUCCACACUUUGCUCCGAUAAUCAGACGCUCAUCGCUGAAAUUCGAAAGGCUACGAUGAUGAUGAAAGAAAUUGCAGUUGAUCUGGAGAGGGACAACAAAGCCGAAAUGGUGAAGGAGCUUGAAGAUGGGGUUCUUGAUUUAGUGAAAGCCUCAGAUGAGUGUACUCAUCUUUCUAACGCUAUCAAAUGUAUUGGAAAUGAAUACCAGCCUGGGACCGAGCUAACCAACUUCAGAAAGCUGUUUGCUGAUAAAAUUGAAAGACUAAAGGCUGAUCGAUCAUCUGUCUCACAGAACCAGCUACUGUUACGGCAAUUCCGUGAAGCAAUCUGGAAUGUACAUCACGCAGGACAGCCUAUGCCAGGUGAAGAGCAGGAAGACAUAGUUAUGACCAGCACAGAGUGCAAUCUUUUGAAUAUGACUUGCCCAUUGACUGGAAAGCCUGUGACUGAACUAGCAGACCCAGUUCGAAGUAUGGACUGCAAGCAUAUAUAUGAGAAGAAGGCUAUCAUGCAACAUAUAAGAUCCAAGGUUUUACAGGGCUGUUGUCCUGCGACAGGUUGCCCUAAGAAAGUACUGGCAGAUAGAGUGGUGUGUGACCCAUUAUUGAUGAUAGAAAUAGAUGAAAUGCGUUCAAUGAGUAAACAGCGCACUGGAGCUGAUGUAAUAGAAGAUUUUACUCAGCUUGAUGAAGAAGAUUAGUUAAUGGAGAUUAUUACUAUCUCCAUUGGGGUCCAAUUAUAGGAAAAGGUAUCUCAAUGGUCCUUUGUUGACGAAGUUGACUUAAGUGCAAAAGUUUCCAUGUAAAUAUUGACAGUUCUUUGCAGCGCCCUUGCUUGGUAAGAUUAUGGAAUCUGUGACAAAUCCUUUUCUUGAUAUCGUCUCAAAGAUUAUCCUCA